UGCCAGCAGGUAAGUAUUGAUGGUAUUCUGGUUAAGCAUGAACUAAGACUUAGCCUGACAGUUAACCUGUUAACCAGUUAACAGUUAACCAACAUUUUAAUUCAAAAUUACAUUUUGACCAUAACUAUACACCUAAACUUAACCUUACCCAUGAGUAAUGCCUAAAUUCAAAUGAAUUGAUAGAUGAAUGACACUGAUGUACAAGCACCAAAGACUGAUCUUAAGCAUAAACUUCACAGAAACUAUAAAUUGUUUAAAUCUGACUGAUUAAUCACAAUGCUGUUUCAGGGUGAACAAAGAUGUUGAUGCAGGAACACGUCGAAAUCUGGUUCCGCAUUUACACUGAGAUGCAGGGCAAAUCUCAACAGAAUGUUGUGAUGCUGAAGCAGUAGAGGGCGCUCUCUGCUCAAACGGUUUUCUGUUUCUUCUUGACCUGGAAGAAAAACAGUGUUAGUUCGGCCUUGCCUCAUACAACUGUGGACGUGGAAUGCAUACGGUAUUACUCACUGUCAAAGCCAUGGAUCUGUCACUGUGAGAAAGUAGAUAUUAAUACUAAGACUAGGAAAAAUACUACAAAUCAAUCAGAAAAGCUUUCGAUUGAACUAAUUUGGAUUUGAUCGGUGAAGGAAAUAAGUUACGUUCAUUUAGCUUGCACGUUUUAAUAAUCGUUUGCGUUUUACUUGCGUUGAAAUUACGUGCAAAUGAUCACCAAAGAGGAACACGUCUAGCUUAGCUGUUGACCCGUUCUCAUAUUCAUCAGCUUUGCUCGCACGUCAGCCUUUGUGAUGGCUCCAAUGGGCAUUCGGCUGUCCCCGCUCGGCAUAGCCGUUUUCUGCCUGCUGGGAGUAGGUGUGAUCUAUCACCUAUACGCGGGAGUUUUAUCCAGUAGAAUCGCCUUAUUCAGACAGAAAAGAACUGUGGAUCUAAGAGACCUGCUCGCUCUGUCCAUGGAGGCAGCGGUGCAGGGCGGACGGGAGGUGAAGAGGAUCCGAGAGGAUAACACACUAGAAGAGAAGUCAAAAGGCAAAACAAAAGAAGGGGCCAGUGAAAAGCUCACGCUGGGUGAUCUGAACUCCCACCGCAAGAUGUUCUACUUGAUCAAAAACACCUACCCUUACAUACAGGUGAACUCAGAAGAACAUGCUGAUGCUGAGGGUGAGGCUACUGUUUGGACACGCAUUAUCCCUGAAGAAAUUCUGGGAAAGAUCUCAGGGGUGAAGGAGGUUCCUGCAGAAAGGAUCACAGUUUGGAUUGAUCCAUUGGAUGCCACUCAGGAAUACACAGAAAAUCUCCAGAAGUAUGUCACCACUAUGGUGUGUGUGGCUGUGGAUGGGGAUCCUGUUAUAGGUGUGAUUCACAAACCCUUCACUGGGUACACAGCAUGGGGUUUUGUUGGAGAGGGAUCCAAUGUGGCACCACGUGCUUCCUACAACACAAACUUUCCUAAGGUGAUUGUUUCACGCUCACACUCAGGCAAGGUGAAGAGCUUUGUUCAGGUGGCCUUUGGCAACAAUACAGAAGUUCUACCAGCAGGGGGUGCAGGUUACCUCUCCUUUCUCUGCUUUGCCCGCCCAGAGAAUUUAACAGAUGAUACCAGAUCAGCCGAACUGUACACUCAAAAGGAUGGGCAAUCUAACAGGAUUAUUACUAUGAGAGAGAGUCCAGGAACUGUAGACUGUUCCAGCUGCACCGCUAGUUCAUUAAUGUACAUGUUGAAGAGUGUUGGACUCGGACUACAGCCCUGCCAUACUGUUCUGGAUGAAGAAAUCUGUUAUAAGGUACUAGCUCUUCUAGACCCCACUGAUGAAGAACAAGAGACAGCUGAUAUUUACAUCCAUGUGACGUACAUCAAAAAAUGGGAUAUCUGUGCAGGUGAUGCCAUCUUGAGGUCUCUUGGUGGUGAAAUGACAACUCUCAAAGGAGAGCAGAUUAAUUACUCUGGGACAGAGGGAAACAAGGGCGGUCUACUGGCAAGCAUUAAAACUGACCACAAGGCAUUGGUGAAAAGACUUUCACCUUGGGAGGAGAACAGACAAUAAUAAAUCAUUCCCUGGUCCUGUCUAUAACACGCUUAUUGUCUUUGGUACUACAAAGUUGUGUAGAAAUAAAGAUUUUCUUUGACACUAGGUGACUGAUCCAACAUCAAUCAAUUUAAUAUGAGUGAAUUUAAAACCUGUUACAAGUUAUAAAGAAAUGAAGUGUGCCUUUGGGUUGUACAGGUCAUUAGCUAUGUAUUUUGUGACACAUUUAAAGAAUGUUUAAAUGAAAAAAUAAAAGUUCAGUGUCAGUUCAUGAGGUCACUUUUAUUUUAAUAAUGAGUCUCUGGGGUGAAGCUUUAUCUCAUUUCCUGUUUCUUUGUUGUAUCAAAAAAUAGUCGGUAUAUAAUAGGUUUAAAUGGUUUUGGGUGAAGAUUUAACUGUGAAUCCAGAGAUAACUUGAAUAUAACAUUGUGCAUAGCACUACUUCUUUAAUUCAUAAUUGUGUACACUGCUCCUCUUUGGUGGUGUGUUUUCAGUUUUGUGUAUCAGAUCUCAAUUUGUAAAGUUUAUACACUGAUACCUGAUUUACAUUGUGAUUAGACCGUGCACCAAGUGUAAAUAAAAAAAAAAAAACAUAAUACAGUAUGUUAAGAUAAAAGUUUUAUUUUGUUUUUAAUAAAAGUUGGAUAGAAAAUUUAAUUGCAGUUAGAGUAGAUCCACAUCACUGGCUGACUCAUUUACAUCCGUUGUAGAGCUUUUCACUGUGAUUGAUUAAAAAAAAAAGUAUUUUUGUAUGGGUUUUCAUACCCUUGCUAUGAUUGUUUCUUGAGUCCCCACAAAUACUGUAGCCAUGGUACUGUAUCCCUUUUAACAAAAACAUUGUGCGCAUGAAAAGAAAAAGGAAAAAGAAUAAAAACAUUAAUAUGGAGAAUGGGGAGAAAUGUGCAUGUACCAUUUUACAGAUCUUGUCUGAGAUUUGAAGCAUGUAAUUUGGCUUAGCAUUGAUUGUCUUCAUCCUGCCUUUUUUCCCUUGCAUAAAUAAAAAUUAUGGAUUUUA